AUGUGCUUGUGUCAAGAUGAACAAAAGAAAAAGAUGACAACAUCGAUGAAAACCAAGUAUGAUAAAUAUUGGGACAAUGUAGAUAAUAUGAAUUAUCUAUUGCAUGUCGCGGUUGUUUUGGAUCCGUGCAACAAGCUUCGAUACGUCAAUUAUUGCAUUGAAACGAUAUAUGGUAAGAACUCUGAGAAAGGCAAAGAGAUAUCGGGGAAGGCGAAUAAGACUAUUAAAGAUGUGUUUAACCAUUAUAAGAGUAAAACGGAAAAAACCAAUGUACAAAACACACAAGAUGGUGUUUUUAUUGAUAAGUCAAGUAGUAUUGGUGAGAUGGAUGUUGAUUUGGAGUUUGAGUUUGACAAAUAUGAUGAUGAAGUUCAAAUACUAAGAGUGAGGUGGAGAUCUAAUUAG